GAGGGUCCACUAUAGAAUUCAAUAGGGUUUUCUUUGUGCUUUCAUUCUCAUUUCUUCCCAUGUUGUUUUGAAUUCUCAUGGCAUGUUUAGACAUGUACAACUCCGAGCACAAAGGUCAAUGCCCCCCAAUGAGCCCAAGAAUCUCCUUCUCCAAUGAUUUUCUUGAUUCACAGCAGAUAAUCAACCAAGAAAGGAGCUCAAGAUCAGAGGCCCCAGUGUCCACUGACUUCGAAUUCUCUGUCUCUAACUACUCCAUGAUGAGUGCUGAUGAGCUUUUCUUCAAAGGUAGACUCUUGCCUUUCAAGGAUAAUGGCAGUAACAGCCAAAUGCAAAGGACUAUCAGAGAUGAGCUUCUCGUCAAUGAUGAUGAUCAGUAUGAAGGUCAUGAAGUGUCACUCAGGCCACCUAAGGGUUCAACAAGGUGGAAAGGUCUUCUGGGUCUCAAGAGAAGCCACAUUGGCUCAAAAAAAGUUGACAAGAGUGAUGGGUCUGUGGAGAGAGUUGGUGAAGGUAGAAGGCUUGGGUUUGUUCAUGAAGAGGUGCUUGUUGGAAAGAAUUCACAGGAGCUUUUAAGAGAAGGAGGGUCAAGUCAUCACAGAGAUGUGGAGAUUGGGAUAUAGAGGGUAGAGCAAUUUUUUUUUAGGAGAGGGAAAAUGGUGAUGAUAUUUUCGUAUAUUUUUAGCAGAGGUUUGGAUAAAUUUAGGGCUCUUAAUAAUCUAUGUAAGUUGGUUCCUUUCAAGCUUUUGAUUAACCUUCUAUCUAGUGUUUUUGGAGUUUUAUUGUCAUUAUUAUUC